AAGUCGUUCAUAGCUGAUAACGGCAAGUAGGGCAGACCACGUGAUUGUAUACGGCGUAGAGCGAUUAUUGUUAUCAGCUACACAUAAUACGGAAGAUAUGGUCGUAUCUUAAACGAUGGCUGAGAAAAGACUUCAAGAGUUUUACGACGAGAUAAGUGAGGAUCUGACCAGAUGUGUGCAGUUCUGGUUGACACAUUCACACGACGAUAAAUACGGAGGCUUUUUCAAUUGCAUUGAUGAAGACGGAACCGUGUAUGACGAAACAAAACACGUUUGGCUUCAGGCCCGGCAGGUGUGGAUGUACGCUAAGUUGUAUAACGAGGAGGAACAGUUUAACACUCAAGCUGUGCUACAAGCCGCAGAAAAAGGGGCGGGGUUUCUUAUGAAGUUCGCCAAGGACGCGUCGACGGGCAGGUGUUAUCUUAUUCUUACCCGAGAUGGAAGACCAAUCAAAAUGCAACGUACGAUAUUCUCGGAAUGCUUCUACACCAUGGCUAUGUCCGAAAUGGCCAAGGCGACGAAACAAGAAUUGUACAAGACCGAGGCAAUCCAAAUGAUGGACAGACUCAUUCACUGGGUACGCGAAGACGACACGGACAUCCGACUAGGGCGUCCGCCGCUGUCGGGUGAGGCGAGGUCUGAGUCUCUGGCGGUACCCAUGAUGCUGCUGUGUGUGACACACGAGCUUCAAACCCUGGACCCGUCCCUCGGCGCCAGGUACCGCGACAUACAGGAGUGGAGCGUGCAGAAAGCGCUGUCGCAUGUACAGCGCGAGGGGACUGUGAUCCUAGAAAACGUGAGCACUUCAGGAACGGAACUUCCGGGAUCACUGGGUCGUCUCAUGAUACCAGGUCAUGCAAUAGAGGCCGGUUGGUUCCUUUUGCGGUACGCAAAACAAAACGGUCGUGACGAGCUUGCCCAAAAGGCAAUCGACCAAUUUAUGAAUGACCCUUUUGCCAGAGGUUGGGACGAUGAAUGCGGGGGACUUUACUACUUUCUAGAUGCCGAUAGAUACAGUCCAGUGCAGCUAGAAUGGAACAUGAAGAUGUGGUGGGUACACACGGAGACAAUGGUCGCUUUCCUGAUGGCUUAUCAACACACACGUGACGGGGACCACCUCGAUACGUUUGCACGUGUUUAUGACUACUGCUACUCAAAUCACGUUGACAAGAAGCGAGGAGAAUGGUACGGAUAUCUGAACAGGGACGGGUCUGUGUCCAUGAGGUUUAAAGGUGGACCAUGGAAAGGUUGUUUCCACGUACCCAGAUCACUCCUUUAUUGCAAGCAGAUGCUGUCUGAACUACUCAAACGACCAACCUAAACCUAAAUUAUGACAACAUUGUUAUAAAAAUAGUUACUCUUUACUUUAAAAAUAGUAUUUCGUUAUCCAUAGAAAUUUUCAACAAAAACGUGUAAUCUUUGUUCCAAUUGCUUUUAACAUAUUUGUGUCUCUUACUUUGCAUCGUUUUUUAUGAACAUAUUGUAAAAUAGUGUCAUGAAGAUCAUAUUUAGUUUAGUUACACUAAAGUACAGUCAACAAUCCAAUAGUAAACCUUCCCUUUUAAGUCAUUAUCUCUGGGCUAAGUGUGUGUAUCGUCUUGCAUGGUAUAGCCAAUUGCCUCAAGUUCAAGUCUAGCCGACAAGAAUUUAUCUCAUUAGUUUCCUUAUUUCUAUAAAUGUAUAACGUAUAUAAUCUACUCUGUUAUGUGUUUUAUUUAUUCAUAAAGAACCACUAUGAGUAUUUUACAUUUUCCCUUUGGAAACAAUAGGAUGUGCAUAUAUGUGCAAAGGAUAUACAUAAUAAUAAAAUUAUAUAUUUAAUUAAAACCUUACACAAAUGAA